AUGGCCGCGGAACAGAGAAAGCUGCUCGAGCAGCUCAUGGGCGGCUCGGCCAGCAGCCGUGGCGCCUCGCUCUCCAUGACAGACCCCAAAGUUUGCAGGUCGUUCAUCGUCGGCACAUGUCCCCACGACCUCUUCACAAACACCAAGCAGGACCUUGGUCCGUGCCCGAAGCAGCAUUCGGAGGCUCUCAAGGCCGAGUACGAGGGGUUGUCAGACAAGGAGAAGCAGAAGUACGGCUUCGAGUACGACUACAUGCGCGACCUCCAGAAGUACAUCGACGACUGCAACAGGAGGAUAGACUCGGCGCAGCGCAGGCUUGAGAAGACACCCGACGAAAUUCGUCAGACAAACGCUCUGCUGAAAAGCAUAUCGGAAUUUGGCUCCACCAUCCACAACGGUACCCUCGAGGUCGAGAUUCUGGGCGAGAUGGGUGAGGUGUCCCGCGCCAUCGACGAGUUCUACCGCGUGCGACAGGCGCAGCAGACGAAGGUCGACCGCGAGAAGGAGCUCAAGGCCCUCUCCGACACCUCGGGCCCCUCGGGCCACCAGAAGCUCCAGGUCUGCGACGUGUGCGGCGCCUACCUCAGCAGGCUUGAUAACGAUCGCCGCCUGGCGGACCACUUUUACGGAAAGAUGCACCUGGGCUACGCGCAGAUGCGCAAGACGUUUGACGCGUUUCCCAAAGACAUGCGCCACCGCCAGCGGGCGCCGGUUGAGGAUGACGGCAUGGGGCCCGGCGGGCCCAGGGGUCCCAGAAGCGGCGGCGGUUACCGCGGGAGGGGCGGCAGGGGAUACCGUGGCGGAUGGUAG